GUGUGUCUGUCUGUCUGUCUGUCGGUGUGUCCGUCGGCAGGAUGAACAGCGCCAACGUGACGUACGCCUGCCGCAAGAGGAGGAAACCCGUGCAGAAAACGGUGAAGCCAACCCCAUCUGAGGGAGCCAAAUCCAAUCCAUCCAAGCGACAUAGAGACCGCCUUAAUACUGAGUUGGACCGCUUGGCUAGCCUGUUACCCUUUCCACAAGAUGUUAUCUCCAAAUUGGACAAACUUUCAGUGCUUAGGCUCAGCGUCAGUUACCUGCGAGCAAAGAGCUUCUUUGAUGUUGCAUUAAAAUCAUCCAACUGUAUCCAGUCGGACAAAAAUGGCAUUAAUGAUAGCUGCAGAACAAAACAGGGGGACAGCCUAAAUCUACAAGAAGGAGAACUCUUAUUACAGGCUUUAAAUGGCUUUGUGCUGGUUGUUACAACUGAUGCUUUGGUCUUUUAUGCGUCAUCUACUAUCCAGGACUACCUUGGCUUCCAACAAUCAGAUGUUAUUCAUCAGAGCGUAUUUGAACUUAUCCACACUGAAGACAGGCCUGAAUUUCAGCGUCAGCUUCACUGGGCAUUAAACCCCAUACAGUAUGCAGACCCAGGGCAAAGACUGCCAGAAGGUAGUGAUCUUUCACAACCAGCAACUUAUUAUAACCCAGAACAGCUUCCUCCAGAGAAUUCUUCUUUUAUGGAAAGAUGCUUCAUCUGUCGGUUAAGAUGCCUCCUAGAUAAUUCAUCUGGGUUCUUGGCUAUGAAUUUUCAAGGACGCCUAAAAUUCCUGCAUGGGCAGAACAAGAAAGGGAAGGAUGGGACCACAAUUGCCCCACAAUUGGCCUUGUUUGCAGUAGCAACUCCGCUUCAACCUCCAUCUAUACUAGAAAUCCGAACUAAAAAUUUCAUCUUCAGGACUAAGCACAAAUUAGACUUCACUCCGACGGGCUGUGAUGCCAAAGGAAAAAUUGUCCUGGGAUACUCUGAAGCAGAGUUAUGCAUGAGAGGAUCUGGAUAUCAAUUUGUUCACGCGGCCGACAUGCUUUACUGUGCUGAGAACCAUAUCCGGAUGAUAAAGACUGGCGAGAGUGGAAUGACUGUCUUCAGACUUCUUACCAAAGAGAAUAGGUGGGCUUGGGUUCAAGCCAACGCACGCUUAGUGUACAAAAACGGAAGACCCGAUUAUAUAAUUGCAACUCAGCGGCCCCUUACAGAUGAAGAAGGAAUGGAGCAUUUACGAAAGCGAAACUUGAAGCUGCCUUUCAUGUUUGCCACGGGCGAGGCUGUGCUGUACGAAGUGACCUUUCCCUUCCCCGCCCUGAUGGAUCCCCUGCAGGUGCGGAUGAAAGGUGGCACCGCGAAGGAGCCAGCCGCCAAAUCCACGCUCAACUCAGAGUCCCUUCACCCCAGCUCCCUCCUGGGGGCCAUGCUAAGGCAAGAUGAGUCCGUGUACCUCUGCCCUCCGGCUCCCAGCGCUCUCCCCCUCGAGAGGAGCUUUUUGAACGCGGCGCCGGACGAACUGAGCCGUAUCCUGGCUAGCGACUGGCAGGACGACCUAGUGCCAGUGGGCGACGGAAAUGUCGCGAAGCGGGAGCCCACCGAGCGCCCUCCAGAAACCGAACGCCCUCCGGACGGCCAACACCAAGAGGGGCUCUUCGCGGAGAGCAAAAACAGCGAUCUGUACAACAUCAUGGAAAACCUGGGCAUUGAUUUUGAAGACAUCAAACACAUGCAGCAGGAUGAGGAGUUCUUUAGAGCCGAAAUUCCCCGGGGGGAUGACCUCGGCGACAUUGACAUAACGGAUGAGAUCCUGACCUACGUUCAGGAGUCUUUAAAUAAAUCCUCGUUUUUGUAUUCGGGUUUCCAGCAGCCGCCCCCCGGGACCCCCAACUCUAGCUGCAUGGUACAGGAACGGUUGCAACAGGAACAGCUGCAGCAGAAACAAGCAGUGGAGCAGCAGCAACAACUGUGUCAGAGGAUGAAGCACAUGCAAGUCAACGGCGUGUUUCCCAAUUGGUGCCCCUCCGGGAGCAGGCCUUUUCCCUUCACCGCCCAAGAACCCCAACAGUACGCUUUCUCAGACACGCAGGGCCCUCCUCAGGACUUCCCUUACAAAUCCGAAGUCCCAUCUUACGCCUGUGGGCAGGAAUUUAUCCCCUACAAUCAGCCGCCACCCAUUCUACCCCCACCUGCAAACUUUACCCCGUUGGACUUCCCGGUGGGAAACUUCGAACACUCAUCCUACCCUGGGACUACCGAUUUAGGAGGUUACGUCGGUUGUUUGCAGCAAGUCCCCGGGGGCCAGCAGUGUGACCUGAACUCACAGCCGCCCAUGGCCACCUCUCAGCCCUGCUAUGCCGGUGCUGUGUCUAUGUUCCAGUGCCAGUCCGAACCUCAGCCUGCCACUGUCGAUCAAAUGCAAUACAACCCCAUGGUCUCAGCCCCACACUCCUUAUUAAAUAAGUUCCAGAAUGGUUUAAGCCGAGGAAUAUUAAAUGAAGCCUAUCCAGCUCAAUUGAACGGCCUCAGUAACGCUCAGACGACCGCACAGCUUCAGUCACUUGGUCAUCACCGUGCACCAGAGCCCAGCCCUUUUCCAGACUUGGCCUCUAACGGGUUCCUGUGAGGCAGCGCAAGCCCUCCCGCCUUGGGUUUGGAACGCUGCUCGCAGUCACGUGUGAAGGGAGAUUGCUUGUGACAAAAAGAAAACUGUGAAUGUGGGGCAUCAGUGGGGCAUACCUGAGGGGAUCGAUGUAUUUGCACUGUAAUCCCAACCCUAAAUUGUAUUUCGUCUUUUGGUUUUUUUUUGAAGAAUUGAAAAUGAUAAAUGAAAGUAUGCACGUAACACUCAAAUUGAAAAAUGAACUAUUGCGGUAUGACUCGUACUUGCAUUUUGCAUCAUGCUGUAAAGCACAAGAUAACACAGGUGUAUACUUUGGGAAAUGAACGUUCCGGCAAGUGGGAGGAUUUUCCACGUUUAAACUGUUUCUACUUGGAAAAAUGGAAUACUUUGACUCGGUAGCACACCUAAAUUCAUUGUAUUCUAAAUCUUUUUCCUCAAAUUUUGGGGGGUCAACCUUAUUGCCUGUAUUUUAAGAGCCUCUUAUGUGGGUAGAACAAAAUCUUUAGAUAUAAACAUUUCAGUGCAUUUCUCUUUCCCCGAUGACUUAAGUGCCUCUCACUUGUGCUACCUAUUUCAGCCCAGGCAUGUUUUAAAAAGAUACUCAUUCAUUUAACAAUGAGGCAGAGUCCCUUGUCCAGAAAAAUUUUUUACAUCGUUAGGGUCUUGGUUUGGGCAAAUUUCACCCAUGCUUUUUGGCCUGUUCUUGCCCAUUAAAACCAGCUUAAACAUCCAAGAUUAAUUUGAAAGGAAAUUAAGGUUUUUUUUAACUAAUUGUAUGUUUAAAAACUAAUUAGACAUGUCCUUUCUUCUGUUGAAGUGUCAAUCUUUAAAAAAAAAUAGUAAAACUAGGUAGCCUGCACAUCUAUGCAAAUAUCUUCCUUGACGAAUGCCAAAAGUGCCAAGAAUUAAAUCUGGGCAAUGUCAAAGGGAAAAGAUGUAUUGAUUUCCUUUUAUAAAAAAUUUUAAGUGACAAUCAAAAGUUCUAAGCUGCAUUUUUCAAAUUUGAGGGGGACACAGAGCUUCUGUUAAUAGUGAUCAUACUUUUUGAAGUAGAUUCCAAAGAGGAACGGUUAGCUUUUGUUUACAAAAAUCCAAUAUCGAGAUUUUUGUUCAAGUUGUAAUUAAAAUUUUUUUCAGCUCUUUACAGUUUUAUGAUAUUUAUAAAUUUCAUUUUUAGAACAGUGGAAACUUGUUUUUUUUUUCUCAUAUUUGAGGAUUGUUAGAAUUGAAGACACCAAUGUUUGGUGCAGUGUAUUGUUCUAAGUGAAAUACAGACUUUUGUACAUGUUCAAAUUAUUGCAGAUUUUUGUGCAGUGUAGUUUAUGUAAUGAACAAAGUUGUCAUUUGUAAAAAUAUUUAAAAUGUUCAUUUGGAAAUAUCACAAGUCAUGCCUUCUACACACACACACACACAUACACACACACCCUCCCCCCCCCGCAAAGUUUGAGUUUUGUAUGCUGUAACUGUCAAAAAUACACCUGCAUUGAAGUUAGUGUUCUAACAAAUUUAGGUACAGUUUGUUCAAAUUUGGAAUUCCUUACCCUCGGACAUAAAGGAUGUUUGCUAGAUGCAGCAGGUUCCGUACUGGACCAUCCUCAACAGGGGAGAAAGCCGGGUGCCAUUUACUCUUUGUGUGUGCCCCCAUUUGAUUCUCUGCUGCAUGAAAUGGGUCUUUGAAGGGCAGAGCCAUCCAUUUUCCCAUCCUGUUUGGUCCAAAUAAGUUCAAAAUGAAGAUCUAGCAUAACAAAUGUCAGACUUUUCCCAUGGAAUUUAGGAUGAACUUGUGUGAAAGUCACGGCCCACACCUGGACCCUGGAUCAGAAGAUGCAAAAGUGAAUUGUCUAAAACAUACGGUCCUCGUUUUGUAGCACAAACUAUCACUAAAGAUUUGAGGCAGAGGUCUGGAUUGCUGUUUUCUUUCUCCACUAACAUUUUUCACUAAAGGCCUUAGCCUAAAGCAUUUUCUGGACUACCUUCCAUCCGAUGUCAAGUUUGUAGUGUACGAUUAGUGGAAGAAACUAUACAGUUAUGAAUGAGAUUGUGAAUGUGUGACAAUCAACUAUUUAGAUACUGUAAAACUAAAAGGUUUAAAGGGAUAUUGUACAGUUAUAUACAUGUACAAAUAUAUAUAACUAGAAUAUAUCUGGUUAAGAGUAAUCAGUUCUUUUAAACCGAACACACCUUAAUCCACAUCACUAAGUGCCAGACAUGCAGUAUUACUAGCGUACUGCUCUACUAUAAGUGAUUUUAUUUUUAUACCAUGUGCAAACUAUCAGCUUGUUAGUGUUUUCUGCAUUAGCUUGAGCCUGUAAUGAACCCAGAAUCAUGGUGGUGUGUUUGAUUUGUUCUUUUCUACACCAAACCAUACUUAUAAAGUAACCCAGCACUUCUAAAUGAUCAGUUUUCUGAUGGUCAAAGCCUUGUAACCCAGCAUUUCUGAAUGAUCAGUUUUCUGAUGGUCAAAGCCUUCAAUUGUCCGAAAUUAGGGUCAGAGGCUCUUAUAAACUAGUGUUAAGCAGUAUUACUCUAAGUAAACGUUUUCAUGACCUGUAUUUGUCCGAUUUGCUAUUGACUGCACAUGACAUGCAGUGCCUUAAGAUAUGGUUUAUAGUACUCUUCAUGUCUUCAAGUCAAAUUUUGUAAAGCAUAAUAAUAUAUGGUAAUAAAAUAAUCA